AUGACGUCUCAACCGUUCCUGUUUCUGCAAAUGCUCUGGAGUAGAACCUCUUUAUUCUUUCUCCUUUGUAGCCUCGGUGUCACUUCCUUUGGCAACUUCCAUCAAUCACCAUCACGUCUCCUCGACGUCUCUCGCAUGGAACCUCUCUCCACGUCUGCUUCGGUUAACUCUUUAACUGUCUUGUGCUCCAUUUUUCUCCGUGGUAAGCUUCCUCCUUUCGUCUCUUCCUUUGAUCACCAUCAAACGUGUAACAUCCCGGAUCUGAAAAUAUGGGCCAUUUUCAAUUUUGUUUUUAAAGCCCACGUGGGCCCAUUCUCACUUGGUUUGACCAAACCGUGUGAGCAUCUCUCGUGGAGAAACCCUACUUGUGACAUCGUGGAGCCGCCGAGAGAGAGAGGGGAGAAAGGAGGAAAGAAGAAGGCGAGUGAUCGAUCGAGAAGAGAAAAAAAAGUGAGAAAAGAGAAGAAGGAGAAGCGAGAGAAACCGGAGAGAAAGGAAGGAGGAGAAGAGAAGGAGAGAGAGAGAGAGGAAAAUCUCGUGUGA